UCAAUCUGGACACUCACGGCAUUCGCCGCCUCAUACGCGACGCCGAAUCCCCUCUAACCCGGCGCAAACCGACCUUCGUCAGCAUAUCGAGAGAAAUCGAGCUCGCCAAGAAUCAUCCGAACUUGAAACAUUGCGACGAAGAAUCGUCGAGUUGGAAAGUCGGCAAAGGAUGCCCGAAGACCCCCCUCGGCGGACCUCGACCUCGGCACAAGUAUACCUGGAAGCCGACUCCCCCCUCAAGCCAGAACUCACUUUGGAACCUGUACCCGGAAAAAAUAAGCCAAACACCUUCCAGGAAUUUCUUGCCCGAGCUCAACAGCACAUUAUUGCCGAGGAAGCCAUGUCGGUCCCUGAUUUUAAUUUCAAUCCGAAGUCAUCUAAGUCGGGAACCGACGAGAAAAAGAAAAACAAAUUGUUCGACAAACAAAACAAGGCUCAAUUUAGAGGAUACCCCCGAGGAGAUGCCAAUGACCCUGAAAUUAGAGCAGCUCGGAAACAAUACGCAACCGAUGUAAAAUCCAGUUAUCAAACCGUGUAUUCAGCUGAAGCUGCCACCAUAUACGAAGAAAUCAAAGGGAAAGGCAUCCUACCUGAUCCCAAACCACUUCGGAUGCCCGAGGAAAAAUUGGACAAAUCCCGAUAUUGCGAUUAUCACAAAUCACCGGGACAUAACACUGAUGAGUGUUUGAGUCUGUUAGCCGCCUUGUUGCGUUUAAUUGGUCAUCCUCAACUCAGGAAGUUUUACCGCAACACAGAUCCUCAGAAACGCGGGCCAGGACGUCAAAUCGAACCUUAUGAUGAAGACGAAGAGGAGGACCGAGGUGCCAUGCCGAAACGUAUUCGGCAAGGAGACAAGAAAGUAUUCGUGUUCACCUCGAAAACACCUAAUUCUGAUUCAAUUGGAACCUCCCGGGGGCGCAAGCGGAGCCGAUCUCCUAGCCCGAUGCAAAUCACUGUCCAUCGUGUAAACACCAAUAACACCCGGAAUACCUUAUCCCGUCGACAAAUCAAGGCCCGACAAGCUUACAACUCAGGCAAGCAAGUGUACACCACCGAUCUGAGAGACAUCCUCAAUAACCGUAAUUGUCCCAUAACUUUCAAUAUGGAGGAUGCAAAUCAUUUGGCACACCCUCACUCUGACGCCCUUGUAAUUACCGUCCCUAUAUGUGGAAUCCCAGUGCACCGUGUUAUGGUGGACACUGGGGCAUAUUCGAGCAUUUUGAUGUUAAAGGCUUUUGAUAAGAUGGGUCUUGAUCCGGCGGACAUUCGACCUUGUAAUGAUCAGAUACAAGGGUUUAACGGAAGUAUUUCGAAGCCCAUCGGUGAAAUCACAUUGCCUGUCCGAUUUGGCACUUCCGACGAUGUCACCAAACUUGUCAUGGAAACUUUCAAAAUUCUUGACAUUAACGAGUAUAACGCGAUCAUCAGAAGGACUGCUUU